AACAACAAGCGCUAGCCAGCGGGACUCGGCGGGUGUCUGGAAUCAGAGACGAGGCAUCACAAAACAUUUGUACAAAUUUACCCUUUUCUCUCGAAGGCUAAUUAGACUACUGUUUUACCAGCAUCCCUCGGGCCACAGGGGGGGUCAAAAGAUUUUUAAAGAUGGGACAGUCUGAGAGUGCUGAUAAGUCCAGGAGUUCACAGGAAACUGGAAUGAGAGCGGAAUACCAGACCUAUCGAUCUCUCUUCUCACCUGAUGAGCAAGAAGAACUGCAAACUGUGUUUGAGAGAAUAUGUCAGAGCAACCCACAGCAAACUGAUGGGCAGAGUCAAGCAACAUUCUCCAAAGAACAGUUCAUGAGUUGUUUAGGUGAGAUCCUAUCCGAGUCGACUACUGAGCGUCUAUACAAUGAGAUGCUUCAAGUCCAAGGGGUCAUCUCUUCAAUAAAAUCCAUCUCUCAAGAAGCUUUCGUGAUCGCCCUCGCCAAGCUACUUAAGGGAACUAUGGAAGAAACAAGUCUGAUGGUGUGCAGACUAGCAGCCAAUACGGCUGACAGGAUAACAAAAGAACAUCUCUCAAAGUUCAUCACAGAUAUCUUAUCAUCUUAUGAGAAAGCACUGAAGGCAGCGGAUAAGAUGGGAGGUUGGAAGAUUGAGGCUGAUGCUGACUCCAAACAAAGAUUUGUGCAGUUUACUUUACAGGGCAUGGAUGAAGCUGAGGGAGGCUACUUGAGUGUUGAUCAGGUACAGUCAUGGUUAGAAAAGACUAGAGUGUUUUAUUCCCUCUUCACUGAUGUCUUCCAAGUCUGUUUUCAUCCUGGAAACACGAUGCUAAGGGAAGAUAGCAUGUCUUCGGCUGCAGCUUACGUAGACGAGGCUGAAACCAUCACCGAUGACAUCAUCCACCACGUACCAACGCUGCCUCUGUGCAAGGAUGCACCGUGGUCAAAGUUCAGGACCUUACUUGACCUUCCCAGUCUAUUAACCAUCAACUAUCACCUACCCCAUGAGUUAAGACGGGAAUGGAGGUUCCUCUAUUCGUCAUCUAUCCAUGGAUCGAGCUUCUCAACAUUCCUCGCUCACAUCCAGAACAAAGGACCUUCGGUUAUAAUUGUUAGGGAUACCGAUGGCAGGGUCUUUGGUGGAUUUGGGUCAGAAAGCUGGCAGAUUGGACCAAAUUUCAUAGGAAAUACCCACUGCUUCCUGUUCAGUUUGACCUCUGACCUUGGUGUGUAUGAGACAACAGGACACAAUGAUCAUUACAUGUAUCUUAACAUUGAUCAGCAGACUAUGCCUAAUGGUCUGGGCAUGGGAGGGCAGUUUGAGUACUUUGGAUUAUGGAUAGACCAGGAUUAUGGCAAAGGCCACAGUAAGGCCAAACCUAAGUGUACUACCUACGACAGUCCCCAACUGUCUGGUUCAGAGAACUUCGUCAUUGAUUGUAUAGAAGUCUGGGCAGUUGGACCACUACCAAAGAAGAAGCCAGAGGAUGAUGAGGAUGAUGAAGGUCGUAAGAGUAUCCUCGACAAAGAUCCAGAGGCCACUGCACUCCUUGAGCUGGUUGGGAAAUCAAGAAAGAGCGAAGGAUUACGAGAGGUCGAUGAGGAUGCUACGGCAGACAUACCUGAGGUUCAUGAACUUCAUGUACCACACCCGAUAUCAUGAAGGAUCCAUGAUAAUGCUGGUGAGUGUUUCAUAAAGCUGUUUGUAAGUUACGAAUGACUGGUGAUCCUUUCUUAA